AUGGCGGCCGACGCGCAGAAACAACAAACUAAACGCGUUUUUAUCAACAAUGUGGAUAAAUACACCUCCAAACAGAUAGGAAAGUUUUUAUCCUCGUGUGUUGUAAGAUCGCCCUGUGUUCCUGAGAAAGUACAGGAUGAAUUGGUAAAUGAGGCAAGUUCUCAAGAAGCUAUUUAUCAGAUCGUUGGAACUGUUACGGGUAAAACCGAAGAGAAGUCCAGUUUUGCAAUCGAAGAAUAUACUAACUUAACACGUGAAGAGCUUUUCCAUCACCUGAUGGAAUCGGAUGUCAUCAUUUAUAACAUCUACAACGAGCAUGCCGAUCAGAUAAAGGAAGCCUUAUGGGCGGUCUCAGCACUGCACAAAGAAAUCGCUGCGUUUCCUGCACCAAAGAUGUUCAUCUUAAUCUCCUCGGUCAUGACCUGGGCUCUGACUAUGACACUCGAUCCAAACAAUCCAGAGAUUCGUCUUACAGAAUGUGACUACAGAAGACGGAAACCGCAUCCCAAUUUUAAAGAUCAUAUUGCUGUGGAGAAGCUGGUGGUUAAACUGGGAAAAUCUGAUCGGUCACAGUUCAGUACUUAUGUGGUUGCUUCUGGACUGCAGUACGGAGAGGGCGAGCAAGCGUUUCAUUUCUUCUUCAAGACAUCGUGGUUGGGAGAGGAAGCAGAAGUGCCGAUCUUCGGAGACGGCUCCAACAUCAUUCCAACUAUUUACAUCAAUGAUCUGGCAGGGAUCGUGCAGAAUGUAAUCGAGCGUAAGCCAAAAAUGCAGUACUUUCUUGCGGUGGAUGAAUCACAGAACACGGUUGGUGAAAUUAUCAGUGCAAUAGCGUUAGCGCUCACGCUAGGAAAAACCAAAAACGUCCCUAAAGAGGAUGCAUUUCUCACCGAGGAAUUGACACAAUCUGAAAUUGAUCAUUUGUUCAUCAACCUUCGAAUGGAAGCCUUUUUUUUGAAUGAAGAUAUUAAUAAAGAGAAUUUUAAUAUCAGCUGGGUUUCAAACACAGGCAUCGUUGAGAACAUCAACCGAGUUGUAGAGGAAUACAAGCUCACCCGAGGCCUGCUGCCUGUCCGCAUCUGUCUCUUGGGACCACCUGCUGUCGGGAAAAGCACCAUAGCUAAAAAGAUAUGCAAGCACUACAAACUGAGCCAUGUACAGCUCAGAGAGACCAUCGCUGAGACUCUCGCUAAUCUGGAGUCACGUGUUCGAGUGGAAGAAAGCAACAAGGAGGAUGAAUCACGUGAAGCACGGGAGCUUUUGGAGACGCUGACCAAAAACAUGGAAAAAAAUGGAGGCUGGUUGGAUGAGCAGUAUGUGAUCCAAAUCAUAAAGGACAAGCUGAGGACUAGACCAUGUAGAAACCAAGGCUUUGUCCUGGACGGCAUUCCGAAGACAUACAAUCAAGCUAAAGAACUCUUUAGUGCAGAGGUUGAUCAAGCUAAAGGACCUUCUCACAACAAGGAAUUCAUCCCAGAGUUUGUGUUCUUUUUGGAUGCCACCGAUGAGUUCCUGGAGGAACGUGUGCUGAACCUGCCUGAAAGCGUGGUGCAGGGAACGUCACACUCCGUAGAGACGUACUUUCCACGUCUGGCCACUUUCAGAAAAAACUAUUCAGAAGAGGAAUCUGUGCUAAAAUACUUUGACGAGUUUAGGAUUCCUUAUGAACGUAUAGAGAUUAAUAGUGAUGACUUGGAGAAUGUCCUGGUGAUGGAGAAGGUGAUGGAGAGUGUAGGGAAGGCCAGGAACUAUGGUGGCACCGCGAAGGAUUUGGAGGAAGAGUGGAGGCAAGCGGAAAUCAGGCUGAGGGAGAAGGCAGAGGCGCGCCAGGCCGAAGCACAACUCAAAAAGGAUGUAGAGGAGCAGCGGGCACGGGAACAGGAGGAACUGAACCGAUAUCUGGAGAAAGAAAGGGAACAGGAAGAGGCGCUUUUGAUGGCACAAUCAGCUCCUCUCAGGCAAUAUUUAAUGAACAGCGUGUUGCCUACCGUGAUUCAAGGCUGCCUUGAGACCUGUAAACUCCAACCAGACGAUCCCAUCAACUUCCUGGGUGAAUAUAUCCUUAAAAAUGAUCCAGUAAAACACAGCGGUGUAAAAGAUGAGCUACAAAGACAGUCUGAUCUGUUCACACUUAAAGGCGUAUCAAGUUGGAAAUGUGUUGAUUAUGAUUAUUAGUUGACUGCAGUCGCUAAAUAGUUUAAGACAUAUUUACUUAAACAUAUUUGCUGUUAUACAAAUGUCCAGCCGCCUAACACAGUAUGACUGCGAAUCAACUCCUGCUGCUGUAUCCGUUAUCACCCAAAUGAGGAUGGGUUCGCUGUCAAGGUUGCUCACAAGGUUCCUUCCUAUA